AUUCGACAGCAGAUGUCACCAUUUGCAAAGAACGCUCGAUCGCUCUAGAUACUAUCUUGCCGCCACAUCUUUCAUCGAUUUUUCAAGUCUUAGCAAAUAAUAGUAUAUACUACUCUGAAAACUCACUCUGAAAAAUGCGACGGUUUUAUAUUUUUCUCCUUCUAAUUCCGUAUAUCAAUGGGACCAUCAAUGAUGACAGUUUGCCAAUGGUCAUCACAACAUGGGGAAGUGAUGGUUUUAAAAAAGCUACGAAAAAUGCGGUGGAUGCCACUUUACUGGGAGGUCGUAUGUUUGGCUUAGUCGAAGGAUUGUCAACUUGUGAGGCUCUCCAGUGCGAUACAACCGUUGGAUAUGGAGGAUCACCAGAUGAAAAUGGUGAAACCUGUUUAGAUUCGCUGGUUAUCGACGCGGAUGGAAUGCGAGUGGGCGCUGUUGCAAACCUUCAUCGUAUUCGAGAUGCCGCAAGAGUUGCCUGGGGUGUCAUGAACUUUACCAAACAUACAUUGUUGGUUGGAGAGUCUGCCACUCAGUUUGCAAAGACUUUGGGCUUUAAAGAAGAAGACUUGUCCACCGAGGAAACUAAAUCUUGGAUUUCAAAAUGGAAAACUGAAAAAUGCCAGCCUAAUUUUUGGAAGAACGUGUCCCCCGAUCCUUCCAGCUCCUGCGGACCUUAUAAAACAAAUCCUUUGACAAAAUCAAUGCGAUAUUAUUCACUUGUAAAUCAGUCUGACGAAGCUGGAUAUCUGGUUGAAAAAACAAAUCAUGACACAAUUGGAAUGGUGGUACGCGACACGGAAAACAUAUUCAGCGCCGGAACAUCAUCAAAUGGAGCUAGAUUCAAAAUUCCCGGUCGAGUUGGUGAUAGUCCGAUUCCGGGUGCUGGAGCAUAUGCAAACAAGUUCGGUGGAGCCGCCGCAACUGGUGACGGUGAUGUCAUGAUGAGGUUUUUACCAAGCUUCUUUGCUGUAACACAGAUGGAACUGGGUACAAAGCCAUCAAAAGCAGCUUAUAAGGCGAUAACUCGAAUUCUGAAAGUUUUCCCGAAAUUUUCAGGCGCAGUCGUUGCAAUGAAUGUGAAAGGCAGAAUCGGAGCCUCGUGUGCGAAUAUUAAUAAAUUCGGAUACAAUGUGGCUUUUCAAAACGGAACGGUGGUGACCUACUCCAUAAGUUGUCUCAAAGAAGUUAAUUCCUUGAAGUAUCUCAAAGAAGGAAUCGAAUUUGCAUGAUAAUAUAAUAAUAUAAAGAAAUUCGUGGAAUAAAACUAUUUCGAGGACUGUGG